AUGCCCAGUAUCGUCGUCAUCGGUGCCGGAGUUUCGGGCUUGACAUCGGCUCUCCUCCUCGCGAAGAGGAAAGAAACCGCGGUGACAGUCGUCGCCAAGCACAUGCCGGGAGACUACGAUAUUGAAUACACCUCACCCUGGGCUGGUGCUAAUGUCCUGCCGAUGUCUAUAGACGCAGAUAGCCGCUGGGAGCGGCGGACCUGGCCAGAACUCAAGAGACUGGCCGGCGAAGUACCGGAAGCGGGAGUCCACUUCCAAAGUUUGCUCUCCCAUCGUCGUCCACAGGAUGAAGGUGGAAAGCUGUCUGAUGCACUCUUCGCCGAGGAUCCGUGGUAUGCCACCAUGUUUGACGACUACCAGAUUCUGGACAAGGAGAAGCUGCCUCCGGGCAUUAAGUUCGGCGCCGAGUUCACCUCGGUGUGCAUCAACACGGCCAUCUACCUUCCCUGGCUGGUCAGCCAGUGUCUUGCCCACGGCGUCGUCUUCCGUCGCGCGGUCCUGAGGCACGUAUCGGAGGCCGCCACCAUGAGCCAGAAGGGCAGCGGCCCGCGCGCCGACAUCAUCAUAAAUGCGACUGGGCUGCUGGCCUGCAGGCUCGGCGGCGUGAUGGACCCGGACGUGUUCCCGGUGCGCGGGCAGAUCGUGGUCGUCCGCAACGAAGUCACGCCGAUGAUUGCGCCCAGCGGCACUGACGAUGGCGACGACGAGCUUCUGUACACGAUGACGCGCGCAGCCGGGGGUGGCACCAUCCUGGGCGGGACGUAUCAGAAGGGCAACUGGGACCCGAACCCGGAUCCGAAUAUUGCCGUACGGAUAAUGAGGCGGGCGGUUGAGGCCCAGCCUCAACUAACUGGUGGGAAGGGCAUCGAGGGGCUGGACAUCAUCCGCCAUGGGGUGGGGCUGAGGCCGGGAAGAACUGGUGGAGUGAGAAUUGAAAGGGAACUCAUUGACGGGACAUGGGUGGUGCACAAUUACGGACAUGCAUCUUGGGGAUACCAGGGAAGCUAUGGCUGCGCUGAACGGGUGGUGGAACUGGUAAACGACAUCUCAUCAGAGAGGGAAGCCAGGCCCUUGCACAUGCAAGCGGUCAGCUUUGUGCUGGAUGUUGCCAAUGGCCAGCACACACUCUCAAAGCUCGUCCCACCUGUUCUCUUACUCGUCGACGCGCUCCUCUGUGCCCUGAUCAUCUGGAAGGUGCCAUACACAGAGAUCGACUGGGUUGCAUAUAUGCAGCAAGUCUCCCAGUAUGUUUCCGGCGAGCGCGACUACACCAAGAUGGAGGGUGGCACUGGCCCUCUGGUCUACCCUGCCGCCCACGUCUACACCUACACGGGCCUCUACUACCUGACAGAUGAAGGGCGCGAUAUCUUCUCGGCACAGCAGCUAUUUGCCAUGCUCUAUAUGGCCACCCUGGCAGUUGUCAUGGCAUGCUACUGGCAGGCAAAGGUCCCACCAUACGUCUUCCCUCUCCUGAUCCUCUCCAAGAGGCUACACAGCAUCUUCGUCCUUCGCUGCUUCAACGACUGCUUCGCCGUCUUCUUCCUGUGGCUAUCCAUCUUCUUCCUCCAGCGGCGGUGGUGGGCACUCGGCGCGCUGGCUUACACCUGGGGACUGGGCAUAAAGAUGUCCCUGCUUCUGGUUCUACCAGCUGUAGGAGUUAUCCUCUUCCUCGGCAGGGGCUUCAGCCCGAGCCUGCGACUGGCCGUUCUGAUGGCACAGGUGCAGGUGGCAAUCGCGGUACCAUUCUUGCGAAACAAUGCGAGGGGAUACCUGGGUCGCGCCUUUGAGUUCUCGAGGCAGUUCCUCUUCAAGUGGACUGUCAAUUGGCGCUUCGUCGGCGAGGACACGUUCCUCAGCCGAUCCUUCUCUCUAACCCUCCUCGCGCUACAUGCCUCCUUGUUGGUCGUCUUCGUCACUAGUCGAUGGCUCAAGCCAGCCGGAAAACCGGUCAUGGACAUGAUUAAGCCAAUCCUGGCUGGAGCAUCUCCACUCACAGAACCGGAAGCGCGGGCCAUUUCGAGGAAUAUCACGCCCCGGUAUAUCUUAACGACCAUUCUUUCCGCAAACGCCAUUGGCCUCCUCUUUGCCCGGUCUCUCCAUUACCAGUUCUACUCCUACUUGGCCUGGUCCACCCCGUUCCUCCUCUGGCGCAGUGGCAUGCAUCCAGUCCUCCAAUACCUGCUCUGGUUCCUGCAGGAAUGGGCCUGGAACGUGUUCCCAAGCACUCCCAUCAGCUCUGGCGUUGUGGUUGGCGUGCUCGCUGUGACGGUCGCGGGGGUAUGGUGGGGCUGUUGCCCUCGGCCCGGACGACGCGGGCAACGGACUGGGUCGGCGUCAGCGCGUCGGGCGGAGUGGCCGAUUCCGCGACGGCGGCGAGUAUGUCCCGCUUCGGUCGCCCCAUUGUCCUUGAUCUCUUGA